AUGGCUUCGGAGGCAUGGGAGAAGCUCUUUGGCGUGGUGGAAGACUUCAAGGAAGAGCUUCGGAGCUGGAGCUCCAAGGAGCGUGCUGCCGUGCAAGAACAAGCGGAGGAGGCAGAAGCGCUGAAAGGCGUCCUGGACGUCUCUGAGGAGCCUUGGGAGCACUUGACCGAACUGCUCCACAGAGCGAAGGCACAGAAGGAGCAGCUGUCAAAGAUGUUCGAGCUCCUUCACAAGCAUGCCAAGCUGUUGGAGGGCUCCAAGGCGAAGCUCCCAGAGGGUGGUGCCCCUGCGUCGGCUGAGGAACUGCGCAGGCUCGUUGUGGCAGCUCUCGAGCACAUCGUUCAGAAGCCCCAGCCGCUGGAGGCUCCCGAGGCCGAGGUAGGCAAAGUAACUCAUGAGGGGUCAGAGGAAGUUGAAGAAAAGAAGGCAAAGAAAAAGGUGGCCAAACCCAAAAAGAGCAAGACUAAAGAAAAGAAGAGCCGAGAGGAGAGGCAAAAGAAGUCCAGCAAGGAACUCGAGUCCGACGGAUCGGAGGAUUACUCCGACUAUAGCAGCUACUCCAGAACCCCAACGCCUCGGCCUAGACGCAGGCGGAAGAGGCGCCGGCGUCGGCGCAGGCCUAGUCCAAGCUCGUAUAGCUACACUCCUUCACCACGGCCUCGUCGGAAGCGGCGUCGCCGGGAGGACAAAUUGGAUGUCGAUGGAGAAAUUGAUCGCUUUGUCAAGGUGAACAAAUUGGAAGAGCGUUGCGAGAAAAUUCUGCGAGAUCUGGAUUCGUCGUUGGCUUGCAAGGUGAUGGGCUUGUCCGGUGGCAACAACACCUUCGAGUUGAGCGGUGACGUGCGGGAUCCCACCGCAGUGGUGCUUGCCCGGAACGUCCGUUUGCCGCAGUUGUUUGCUCUGUCCCCGUGCAGUGAAAGCUGGCAGGGCCAGACGGCGCUCCAGCUCCAGCGGCUGACUCAGCCCAGUGUGCAUUGGUGUUCAGACGGGAUGCGGGCACUUCAAAAUCGACAUCUGAGAACCGGCGCACUGCAGCACUGCCUGCACCAUCCUGCGCUGGCAAUCCUCUUGUCGACACGCCUGCGGCUGUGGCUCCAGCGGCUUCGGCUUGGGCGCUAUGCCCUCGCGGCCGCCCGGCUUCAUCCCAAUCUAGCAUCCGGCGGUGUCUGGCGUCCGGCAGUUGAGGAGCCAACGCCGCCAACGCCCAUGGCCGACGAAGAGGGCAGCAAAGAUGUGGCAGAGAAGGAAGAGGAGGGAGGCUGCAAAAAGUGUGAAGCUUCGGAGCUGGGUUUCUCUGAGGUGGCAGCGGAUAAGGAGUGGUUUCCAUCUACCAGUGAUGAGGUUGGAAAUCAGAAGGAACCUGAUUAUACGCAAGCCUUCAAAGUGGCAUCUGGACCGGGGAGCUCUGCUAUGAGUGCCCUUCGGGUUGCCCGGAUAGAGCCGACGACUGGCUCUGGAUCUCCGGGUGCGGGGGAGCGACGUGGACUGACUCUGGAUCCUACUGAACCGGUUCAAGGGGACGGCAAGGAAGCCAUUGGAUUGGAGCUGAAGACGGCUCAGGGACUGGGGCCGAGUAUUCAGGAUGCGACUGCUGCUGCUGAGUGUGGUGGAGAGGAUUAUCAAGAGCUGAUACCGGCAGAGCCGGAUCGUUUGGCGAGAAUGGAAAUGCUGUUGGGCCACGUGAUUAAGGAAAACAAGAACCUGAAGCGUCAACUGCAAUCUGUGUACAGCCUCUUGAUCCGUACGGAGUGCGGGAGGCGAGAUUGCCUAUGGGAGAGUUCGGGCCAAGCGCAGCUGUGGGCCAACAACACUCUCUUGUGGGAGCCAGACCCCAGCCUCUUCAUCCUGUUGCUAGGUCUGGUUUUGCUCCAGGUUCCAUGGACGCCAGGCCACCAGGAUUUGGGGAUCCAGUGGGAUGAGCAUUUUUGGAAGGGACUUACGAAGGAGAAUGUUGCAGGGUUAUUGGUGGUGCUGAAGGAGUGUUUCCAGCGAGUACAAACGGAGUGCAAGUAUGCAAGGUUGAAUGCGUGGAAGAGGCGCAUGUGGGCAUCAGAUCGUGAAGCUCAUCGUUGGUUGCGUGGUGAGGGCAAGCCUUUGAGUACAGUCAUGAAAAUGAAUGAUGGUACAUAUUCUGCCAAUGAGGAACAUCAGCUUAAAGCCAUUUUGGAUGCGUGGAAGCCGAUUUUUGGGAAGUUCAAGGACCGUGAGCCCAAUGUUGACAGGUUCUUCGAGUUUUUUGGCAGCGGGAUGCGUCGCUCUCCUAUGGCGGUGGACAAUAUCACGGGCGAUAGUUUGGUAAAAGCUGCACUUCGUACGAAGGCCAGUUCGGCGGGGUUGGACCAGUUCAGACCUGAGUCUUUAACAGCGCUUGCAAAGUGGCACCCUCAGAUCUUCGAAGGACUAGCUCUUAUACUGAAUUACACUGAGGUGCACGGUGUCUGGCCUGACGAGGUGUGUUAUGCAUAUACAGCAUUGGUUCCCAAGGACGAAACGCAGCCUGAGGCACAACCCACAGAUUUUCGUCCGAUUACUGUGUUAAGUGCUGUUUAUCGUUUGUGGAGCAAGGUGAGGUUCGAUGACGCGCUCCUUUGGCAAGAGGACUGGAUUGAUGGUAACGCGUGGGGGUGUCGUCCGCGACGAGGGGCUGACAGUUUGGCGAUGUCCAUUUCGUUGCGUUUGGAGCGUGAGGCGACUCGGGGUAGAGCAGUCGGUGGCGUUGCGUAUGAUUGCCGCAAAGCUUUUGAUUUGAUACCGGUGCAACUUCUGUUUGAAGCGAUGAGGCGGAGGGGAUGUUCGGAACGGCUUCUCAAGCCUUUGCAGUGGAUGUAUGAUCACUUGCAGCGGUGCUUUCGUUUGCGUGGGAAUUGCGGUGAAUGGUGGAAGAGUGACAAUGGAUUAAUUCAAGGCGACGCGUUGUCUAUGAUUGGUCUGAACUGUGUUGUUACUGUCCUUCUUGAAUAUACAAGACAACAUAUUCCGCAGGUUGUGGCGUCAUCGUAUGCGGAUGAUAUUUCGGCCGUGGCCUCCUCUACUACCAAAGAAGGACUUCGUGAUGCUGUCCGCCGUUUUCACCGUGUGGUACAGGCAUAUGAAUCAUGUGACGCUGGGGAGGUGAAUGUCAAGAAAACGUUUACUUUCGGUGAUGACGCUUUGGCGAAGCUUUUGCAUGACACUAUGGACCACAAGAAGCAGUUCGUGGUGGUUGGUGGGUCGUUUGUCGUUGACGAGGUGUUGGAUGGCCGUACUGAGCUUGAGUGUGAACGGAGUAACAAAUGGCAUGGUACGAUCCGUCGUCUUCGGCAUGCCCCUUUUCACUGGAAGAGGCAGUGUCAAACACUUUUGGCUACCCAGAGCCAGGCAUGCUAUGGCCAGGGGACGCAUUCCUUUCAAUGGGAAGUGGAUACUCUCAAGCGUAUGCGAAGUGAUGUUAUGAGGGCCUUGUGGCACAGGGACUUUUACAGUAUGUCGCCACUGGUUACAUUCGCGAUUCUUGCUCCACCACAACUAGAUCCUACCUUUGGACCCGUUUACUAUGGGCUUCGAACUGUUGCACGGUGCAUCAGGGAUGUUGACUUCCGUAACGUCUUGCAGGAGGAGUUUCGUAAAGAUGCGUGGGUGGAGGGCCCUGCGGCGCGGUUGCGGUUGCUUGCUGACAGUCCGGUGUUUAACAACCUUGUUCAUGAACUUGUUUACCAACAUGUUGAUGAACAAGAAUGGGCGCACCGACUUCGGAUGGCUUGGCGUGUUUUUCUGGUGGAAAAGGCUAUGAAAGAUAGACCACAGCACUAUGGAGAUAUUCAGGACCUGGAUUUCAGACGUACAAUGCUUUUGCACGAACACUGGGAGCAGGAGGCUAACAAGGCUUGCAGGGAUGAUGAUGUUUUGGGGACUUUCGCCACUGAAGAGUACAGGCAAAAAACUGCAGUGCUGCGCUUGUUGCUUGCAGGUGGUUUAAUGACGGAGGAGCGCGAUCACCGUCACAAGAGGAUACAUCAAAACUUCAAUUGCGCCGUUUGUGGAGUUCCGAAGACUGUGAUGCAUGUUUCCUGGGAGUGCACAAUCCACGCAGAUAUCCGUGAUCCCGUAAUAUCCCAGAUGACUUGUUCAGUCGCUACCCUGCCGGUUUGUACGCGGUACGCUGGUAUUGUGCCUACAAGACUUGAGAUGGCUGACGCGGAGGUUUGUUCACUGCAAUCUAUGUUGGUGGAUAUCUGGCGGCGCAACAUAGCAGCGUUCCAUGAUAAACAACAACAUUACCAAGAGGUUGUGAGGGAGGCGGUGAGAAAUGCGGGUGCGGGGCAAGCAGGCGUUUUUCAAGAAAAUGGGCAUGCGAUCCGACCUCGGGUGGAGGGACGUCCAGGGGUGUGGUGCCGCAAAUGCGGCAAGUUCGUCACCAGACUGAAACACGUUAAGCUGAAGAUCACGGGGGCCGAGUGCUCUCAGAAGGACUUGCCGGAAGAAGAGUGGCUGGAAGAGGAGGGAUUCACACGCAGUACUGCUCGUAUUAAACAGCUUCGACGUGAGCUUCAUUCUAAGUACAACCGUGGACGCCAUGUAUUGUAUUGGAAUGAGCAGAUAGGCAAAGAGGUGGGACAGAGCGAAUAUGCGUAUUACUGUAUGUCGCCCGAGAAGGGUUAUCCGGUCUCUCCGGGAGGAACGAGCAUCAAGCCACCAAGCAGGACCGCCGCCGGCUUCACCUCGCAGUGCGGAUUUGUCGAACAGUGCGAUUGUUUGCGGCAGCUAACUCUGGGUAUAGUCGGUGGCUGGUGGCUGACCCUCUACCAGCACGUUGCGGUGAGGCAGCUCAUGAAGAUCAUCGUCUCCGCUGUCGUGAUGGUGAGUUUCUCGAGGGUGCCUCAGGAGUGGGAUAAUGAGGCAGUUUUGAGGCGGCGAGCCUCAAAAGGACGAACGUUGAUGGUGUCGGCUGUCAAAGGAGUUUCUUAUGUGCUGGGGAACAUCAAGAAUGUGGCGGAAAACCACAAUGUUCUGAAGCCCCUGGUGACAUGUAUGUCCGUGUCUGGCAGAGUGGAUACUCCCUCGAUCGAAGUGUUGACUCCACUGGUGAUCGAGUUCUACUCCCUUGCAGGAUACCCAGAUCCCACACAACUUGAGGCCAUUGCUCACCAGGAUGCUUGGGGAAUAAAGAGGUGUUUGACUCUGUUGCGACGGAAGUGGAUGCGCACAGAGACUCCGAAGGAUCCUCGUGCAGCGGAGCUGGUGAAGAUGUAUGAUGUGGCUUUUGCCAACUUCCUGCAGGCUGGUGGCAAUGCUGAUAGUCUGCUCCGCCCAGAUAGUGAAGAUGAUGAUGCAGACCCCUAUAUCGUGGAGAACGAUGAUUCUCCACAACCUCCACCGCCACCAGGUGCUGGGGCCUUGCUGGCUGAGAAGCCCACGCCAGCACCAUCGUCCGGGGCAUCUCAUGUGGGACCCAGUUUGCCGGGGUCGUCGUCUGAUGCUUUUGAAGUGGCAGACAGUUUGCAGGAGCCAUCAUCCGGGGCAUACGAUGUGGAACCGAGUUUGCCGGAGCCAUCGCUUGGGGCGUAUGAAGUGGCAGACAGUUUGCACGAGCCAUCGUCUGGGGCAUAUGAUGGGGAGCCGAGUUUGCUGGAGCCCUCGCUUCAGGUGUAUGAAGCAGAAGACAGUUUGCAGGAGCCAUCGUCAUCUGCAGGAUCUGAGGUGCGACCUACUUUGGGGGAGGCAUCGUCUGCGGCAUGUGCUGGAUUCACGGAGCAUUUUUCAGUCGAUGAUAUCGGGCCCCGAUCCUUGGAUGCCAUGCUAGCUGAGAUUGAUUCUCCGGAUGUGAAGGCGCAGGGCCAGGGCUACAGAGGUUAUUUGGUGAAUCCUCUCAGCAAGGAUUCAAAGUGCUUGGGUGGAGCAGUGCGGCCAGAUUGUUUGGAGACACAGCCGUGGGAUGCAAGCCCAGUUGCCCCUGCCCCAAACGCCAAAGCCUCUGAAGUGAUUGAUUUGGACACUCCAGAGCGCGUGAAGCGAGAGCCUGUGGAGGCAGAAUUGCAGCCAGAACCGAGCCAGCAUGCAGCCCCAGCCGUUAGUGCUUUGAGUGCCACAGAUUCUCCUGAGCCGACUCCGAAGCCGAAGCCUUCAACUUUGUUGUAUGCGACUGACUUGAGUCCAGAGAAGCAGGUGCUGACCCGCAAUGACCAGCUUUCCAUCAAGCAGGCUUCUGCUGCUGAGGAGGAGGGUGAUGGGAAGCCCCGCAGAGGCAGAGGCAGAGGUCGUGGAAGGGGUCGUGGGAAAAAUGUCAAGCAAGACCAUUCCAAGAAGCCCGUCCGUGCAAGUGCAUCGACUGUGAAGAAGCCGCAGGCUUCUGCUUCCUGGACAGCAGAGCAGGCUUGGGAAGAUCAGGAAUGGGAGGAUGGUGAGUGGGAUGCAUCGGAGUGGGCUGCGUGGGAGGCCUGGCAAUGGGAAGAACCGGUGAAGCAUGAGGCUGCGCAGCCAAAGGCGGGAAAGAAGAAGCGCAGCCGUGCCAACAAGGCUGCUGGGGAGCUGGGUGUGGAGCCGGAACCGGCCCCAGAAGCAGCACCAGCUGAGAAGGCCAAGGCCAAAGCAAAGGCCAUCGGACGGGUGCGAAAGGGCACCACGGCUGCGGAGACGGAUGCUGAUGACACGGAUGACACUUUCAGCUACCCGCAGACGUUUGCCAGACGUGCCAUUCCCCCGAUCAGGGGAUCCGAGGCACAGAAGUUGUGGAAGGCAAUCGCGAAAAGCUUUUGGUUGCACGUCUUGCCCCACCUCAAGACGGGGACCCGGACCACUGCGGAGGGUGUCUUUUGGAUCUAUGCCCGGACACGCUGGCAGCAGAGUGGAUUGAGCCCUGGAGACGAGGGGUUCUUCGAGCUGAUGGACAUGGCUGCUCAAGAGUAUGUGGUCCUGCAGCCAUCUACGGCUGACGUAUUUGUGCUGUGUGUCUUGCUGGUCCUGUGGAACAAAGACAUUUGCUUUGACAAGGACGAUGUACACCCGGAGCUUUGCGAAGCGCAUGGCGCUUACAAGCUCUGCGAUAGAGAUGUUUUCGAGGGUCUAGUUUUGCCUUCGGUGGGCCCCCACAUGCACAAGCCCACGAAGCUUGUGAGUAGAUCCUGGAGCGGAAGCUCCAUGAUCGGUGGCCUCCAGAUGGUCACGAAGCAGGAACUUCCCGAUGACCUACAGCUACGGGUGAAUUACGAGAAUGCCCCUGACUCUCCGGCACCAACACUGCCAGCGACAGAGUCACAACUGGUGGUCGCGACAACCUUGCAGACUGAUGCCUACAUGGAAAUAUCCGAUGCUGAGAAUGAUGAAGACUUCAAGGUCGAGAGCGACCAGACCAACACUUUGAUGCAAUUGCUGCAGGCGCAACAAGCUGUCAUCCAGAAGCUUCAAAAGCAGCAAGCUUCAAGGCAAGCAGAACCGGAUGAUACAGUGGCUGCACCUUCUGCUGGUGAAGAAGAAGAAGAUGGUGAUGAGGCCGAGAAGAAGAAGAAACGAAUGGAUGCGAAACUUCGUCGACUCUGCAACUACACCUCCACCGGAAAGUUGCAGGUGCCGAAAGAUGUGCAUGAGCUCUGGCUACAAGCUGGAGAUGUGCGAGAGAACAUGGUGCAGCUAUUGGCAGAUGCCAAUGGUCAGAAGGCGGAUUUCCUCAAGAAGGUGGAAAUCUACAAAGACAGCCUGCGCUACAGGGAUGAGGGGACAGACGGUGGGUUCUAUACGCGGGACGAUAUGGUUAAGAAGGUUUCGGAAGGAGGGCUUGGAUGGAAAUAUGCGGACAAGGUGAUCGCUUGGAACAGAGCGCACCCAAUUGGGAAUAUCAGGAAGAACAAAUACGAUGACGACCUGGAAGAGUUCUGGGCUGACAAGCGCACCACUGGGCGCCAAGGAAUCUCCGAGAAAGAAGGGCUGAGAGAGCAGAGUAGUGCAUCCGGCACUUGCGAUGGCCUCCAUAUCAGCGGCCUCUCCGGCAACCUCGACAAGUCAUGGAAUCGUGAGCCUUCGUCCGGGAACGUGCAAGUUGAAGGCCCGAAGAAUGUCCCUCAAUUUACAUUAAUUGGACAUAUUCAAUUGUACAGCCCAAGUAAAGUUUCGUGCAUCUAG